GGGUUGGGGUUGGAGUUGGGGGACAAGCUCCAUGGUUGGAUGAUUGUAAGGAUUUGGGAACAUGGAGGCCUCUAGGACGCCCAAGGCAGGAUCCCUGGAGAGAGUUGUACAUGGUUUGGAGUUGGAGCCAUAUGAGUAUAGCAAUGGCACUGGCAGUGCUGGGUCUGAUCCCAUGAACGCAUUGCAGAUCUUGAGAGAAACUGUCUGGAUUCUCCGUUACAAUUCAUCGGGCUUCAUGCUCAUCGCCGCGCUCCUCAUCUGCCCCGUCUCCGCCCUUCUCUUAUCCAAUGUCUUAGUUGAUCAGUCAAUUGUGAAAAGAUUGAGUAUUAGGCUUUUGUUGGUGGCCAGGUCCAGUGGACUCCCUCUCAGGCCUUUCAUCAAACAGUCGUGCCAGAAGUUCUCCGAGAUGGCCAUUUCUGCUGCUACGUGCUUCCCUUUAUACUUCACCAUCUCCCUAUUGUCCAAAGCUGCCGUGGUUUACUCUGUGGAUUGCAGUUAUUCUAGGAAGAAGUUUGAUUCCUCCAAAUUCUACGUCAUAGUUGUUAAGAUCUGGAGGCGGCUUGUUUCGACGUAUUUGUGGGUUUGUAUGCUGAUUGUCAGCUGUCUCACUGUGUUCCUUGUUGCUCUCAUUGCUGUCUGUAACGUAUUUUUGAUAAUUGGGUUUCCGGGCGACUUAAUUGUGUAUGCUGCAAUCAUGGUUGGGCUGAUUUUUUCGGUGGUUUUCGCCAAAGCUAUCAUCAUUUGCAACAUUGCAAUCGUAAUCUGUGUUUUGGAGGAAGUUUCAGGGCCGCAGGCUUUACUGCGGUCUGGAGUCCUCAUAAAGGGUCAGACUCAGGUGGGUCUAUUGAUAUUUCUUGGAUCCACAAUUGGGAUGGCAUUCGUGGAGGGGUUAUUUGAGCACAGGGUGAAGACAUUGAGCUAUGGAGAUGGGUCUUCCAGGGUAUGGGAAGGGCCUCUUUUGGUGAUUAUGUACUCAUUUGUGGUGCUUAUUGAUUCCAUGAUGAGUGCAGUUUUCUACUUCAGUUGUAGGUCCUCUAGCAGGGAAGCAUUGGAUGGCGAAAUUCUCCCAAUUUUGGAAACCCCUGCAUCAAUGGAUAUUCAAUAACAUAGCGUUGUAAAUUGCUUUACUGUUGUUGGGCCUUCCCGGACCAGGGGCUUAUGGAAAGCAGAUAACUUGAGAUGGCUCUAAGUGCUUAGUUGAUAAUUUGAUUCAACUGAAUGAUAGUGUACUUCGGUGAUCCACAAACAAUGGAGAAUGAGAAAAAGCAUCUGAAAAUCCUGGUACAACAUCAAUGAACUAGUUGUACUUCCUCUGGAAACAUUUUUUGGACACUACAAUUCUGCUUCUUUGUAUACCAUGUAUUUCUUUUUCCUGUCAUUCAUAGUUAUAUAAAAUUACCUCCAAAUGUUCCAGGCCUGUUGUUUGAUUUGUUGCCUAUUUUGUGAGACUGCUUGACAAGAUAAUUAUUAGUUUGGGUUUUGAAAA